AUGGAAAAGAACAAUGUGAAAAUCCGUUUGGAGAAGCAAUCUAUGGAAGAAAAAUUAAAGAAUUUAAGGGAAAAGAAAACUGGCCAAAAGGGUAAUGAAGCUUUUGGGUCAGGAAAAGGAAAUGUGAAAAUUGUUUCUGAAAAGAUAGAUGAUUUGAAUCCUCCAUUGACAAAGGAACAACAAGCUGAUCAAGAAAAGUGUGAUGAAUUACUAAAUGAGCUUAAUGAUUUGAAUGCAAAGCUUAAUGCAGAGGAAGCUGAAAAGAAGAAUGCAAAAGAUAUUCUAGCGAACAAGAAAGAUUUAUUUCCUCCAUGGUCAAUUGAAAUAUUCGAAGAAGAAGCUCUCAACAGUCCAAAGCUCUAUUGGUUAGAACCUCAAACAUCUUUCUCUAUUGAUAACGAUGUUAAUUAUCAGAUGGAUUUUCCUAUCACUAUGAAAGCCUUCCAGUUUCGUUGCUUUGAGAACGUUUAG